GUCCCUGAUUUUGCAAAGCGGUAUUUGUUCGAAUUUAACGAGAAACAAAUAUGUCGAUCAUUGUUUGUUCUGUGUAAAAGAUUGAAUUUUAUGUUUGUUUAUGAACUGCGUUGUGUUUAUCGUAAAGCAUUGAGACAGAGAAGCCGCCACGAUGUCUGCGAAGAACGCCAGCUCCAUCCAGGUCUGCAUCAAGGUGCGUCCCUGCGAGCCCGGGCUCACUUCGCUCUGGCAGGUGAAGGAGGGCCGCUCCAUCCAGUUGGCGGACAGCCACGCGGAGCCCUGUGUCUUCGACUAUGUGUUCGACGAGGGCGCCAACAACCAGGAGGUGUUCGACCGGAUGGCCAGGCACAUAGUGCACGCCUGCAUGCAGGGCUUCAACGGAACUAUUUUUGCCUACGGCCAGACGUCGUCGGGCAAGACGUACACCAUGAUGGGCGACGGCCAGAACCCGGGCGUCAUGGUGCUGGCCGCCAAGGAGAUCUUUCAGCAGAUCUCCAGUGAGACGGAGCGGGACUUUCUGCUGCGCGUGGGCUACAUCGAGAUCUACAAUGAGAAGAUCUACGAUCUGCUGAACAAGAAGAAUCAGGACCUGAAGAUCCACGAGUCCGGCAACGGGAUUGUGAACGUGAACUGCGAGGAGUGCAUCAUAACCAGCGAGGACGACCUCCUGCGCCUGCUAUGCAUGGGCAACAAGGAGCGCACCGUGGGCGAGACUAACAUGAACGAGCGGUCCAGCCGUUCGCACGCCAUCUUUAGGAUAAUCAUUGAGUCUCGAAAGUCGGAUCGCAGCGAUGACGACGCAGUGAUUCAAAGCGUGCUGAACCUGGUUGAUCUGGCUGGAUCGGAGCGGGCGGACCAAACGGGUGCUCGAGGAGCGCGCUUGAAGGAGGGCGGUCAUAUAAACAAAAGCCUACUCUUUCUGAGCAACGUUAUCAAGAGUCUGUCGGAAAACGUGGACAAUAAAUUUAUCAGCUUCCGCGAUUCCAAGCUGACGCGCAUCCUGCAGGCUUCCUUGGGGGGCAAUGCAUUUACAUCCAUCAUUUGCACAAUCAAACCAUCAAUCAUGGAAGAGUCGCAGUCUACCCUUAGUUUCGCCACGCGAGCCAAGAAGAUCCGUAUUAAGCCGCAGGUCAACGAGAUGGUCUCUGACGCCACAAUGAUGAAGCGGCUGGAGCGCGAAAUAAAGGUGCUAAAGGAUAAGCUGGCCGAAGAAGAACGCAAGAACGAGAGCCAGCUAAAGGUACAGGAUCUGGAGCGACGAAUAAAGCGCGACAUGCACAAGAUUAUCUCUAGCCAAUCUCUGAGCGACAAGUGCCAGCAAAAGCGGCGCCGUACUUGGUGUCCCACUGCAUCGGGUUCGCAUUUGGAGCCAGCAGAGACCGGCAAAGUGGACGAGCGACUUGUUCAGUUUUCAAAGGCGUCCCACCUUCCAAAACCAGUGUUUUUUCCCACUUCAAAUGCUGGCAAACGAUGGGACAACAUUCCAAAGACCAUCAACAUUUUGGGAUCCCUAGAUAUCGGUACCGAGUGCAACUCCAUUACUGAGGAAUUUGUCCCGGCAGAGUGCGUUGACUUUGGCUCCCCUCACCCAGGUGUCCACAAACCCAUGUUCAUCAGCAAGCAACUGCCAGACCUGACCCUCACUCCCAUGGGCCCAUUAACAGUGGAUAAAAUCAAGAAGGAGAUCCAGGACCUGCAAAUGUUCACCAGCUUAGAGAAGCACUUUGAGGUGGAGUGCGAAGAGGUGCAGGGUUUAAAAGAAAAGCUGGUCGAGGUUACAGCUCAGCGGGAUCAUUUAGAGCAAGAUUCGUUAGCCGAAAAGGAGCGUAACGAUGCUCUUCAAAAGGAGGUAACCAGCCUGACAGCGGCCAAUGAGGCUGCUAAUUCGAAGAUCAGCGAUUUGGAGGAGCAACUAAGUACUCUAAAACAGACGGUGACCAGACUGGAAGUGGAGAAUCAAGGGGCCGUGGGCCUUGAGUUUGAGUUCGAGGCUCACAAGAAAUCCUCAAAACUUCGCGUGAAUGACUUGCUGUCCGCACUUUCAGAAAAGGAGUUGACCAUAGAAAGUCUUCAGAAGUCCCUCGACAAUUUAUCCCGCGAUGUGUUACGGAACAGCAAGGAGGACCACAUGCUUUCCAUUGUCCCAGAGCCAGAAGACAUCGCCGGCGACGACAGUACAUGCAAAAAGUGUGAGCAACUGGAGAAGCUGAUCGCAGAUUUAGAGUCCAAGAAUAACUCCUGCGAGUGUGAUGAGCUCCGUUCUGAGAUCGUCUCGGUUCGCGACAAGUUAGAAAGCAUGGAAUCGGCCUUUAACCUGGCAAGCGCCGAGGUUACCCAAAAGACGUCUGAUUGCGAGCGGCUUUCAAUAGAGUUAUCCGCAUCCCAGAUGGACGUUGGACAACUACAGCAAAGGUUCGACACUCUGGAGCAACAGUGGCAGGCACAGCAAGUGGGCAUGAAAAUCCUGCAGGAUGACCACGAAAUCGUUCAGGAGAAGUACCAGGAUAUGCAGGAGAAAUACGAGCACAUAGAACGCCGGGCUAGCGCCUCUAACACUGAGGUUCAACGGCUUCAGAACGACAACACGACAUUGCAAGCAGAGAUCAAAAACCUCAAGGAACAACUUGAAGAGUCCCAAAGCAUGCUUAAAGAAGUCCAAACCUCCGAAUCUCAUGUGGAAAAGCUUCAAUUAGAAAAUCAAGAAUUAAAAGCAAAAAUCUCUGAACUGGAGAAGAACUUUAAGGAGAUGGAGCGGGAAUACGACUGCCUUUCCAACGAAUUGAUGGAGAGUGUCCAGGAGAACGAUGCCCUGCUAAAGGAGCUAAGGAAUCGGCCCACGAGUCUGGACGCUGAGUCUAUGAGGAGUUCCGGAAUUAGCACCGAGUUUAGCGAACAGGAGCAGGAGAUCAACCUUGACAAAAAUCUUCUACACCAGUUUGCCAAGCUAUCUGAGUCCAUUCAACAGAUAGAGCUGCAGCAUCAUUCCGGGAUCGGUCGCCUCUUUAGAGCCAACAAAAUGAUGGAACAGGGUCAGAGCGAACCAGGACUUAAGCUUUGCCUCGAGUCUGCUGAGUACAUAGAGGAAGACACUCGUCACUCAGAUACAACUGAAUCCAUUUGUCUCAAAGGUUUUCUCAAGCGACACAGGUUCCAGAUAACGCGACUUAGCCGGGAAAAUGAAGAGAUGGAGCAGGAAAAGCGACUGCUUGAUAUUAUCUCGCAGCUGAAACAGGAAAUCGAAGAGAAAAGUGCCCUUAUGGAGGCCACAGAGGCAAACAUCAACGAGAUGCGUGAGCAGAUGGAUGACCUAAAGUCGACACUCCUGGAAAAGAGCGUUAUAGUGAACAAGGUUGAGGACUACCAGCGGCAGAUCGAGUCCCUGGAAAAACAGAAUGCGGAGAUGACGAUGGUGUACGAAGAGCUCCAGGAUAGAGUAACAAGGGAGAGCUCGAUGAGCGAGAGCCUGCUCCGAGUUCCGCCUGACGAGGAUACACUUCCGGGCUGCCCCACAUCUCCCGGUAGAAGAGAAGAGGAGGUGGUGGCCACGCUAAAGACUGCCAUAACAGAAAUGCAGUCCCAGGUUUGUGGUCUGCAGGCCGAACUUGAACACCAGUCAAGGCAGAUCCAGUUGAAAGACGCGAACUUAGCGGAACUACAGACAGAUUUUGAGGAAAUGAGUGAGCGGUGUUUAUCGAUGGAGGUGCGACUUGCCGAGUUGGAAGAGGAUGCUAAGCAGAAACAGGAACUGCUAGAUCGCCAGGCGCAGAAGCUGUCCGAUGACUUACGUCUUAUCGAUCAGCUUCAAGAGAAGAAUGCGCAACUCGUUGAGCAAUGCCUUAAAGCUACAGAAUCUCUUAGUCUCGCGGAUGCCAAGCCAGAUCAGACGCAACUUUCCUCUCAUUACGAUAGUCAAAUCGAGGAACUUAAGCACUUGUUAAGGGCAGCCAAAGAAGAACUACGUGAUGCGCAGAGGAUAAAAGAUAAUGAAAUAAGUGCCCUGCGAGCGGAGUUUCUGCUGAAGAUUGAAACGAACCAAGCCAAGUUCUUUGAUGAGCUGCAGGAGACUAAGGAUCGCUAUGAGAGCAAUGUGGCCGCCUUAAAGGAGCAGCUACUGCAGGCAGCGGAGAAACUCUCCAGUGUUACGGCUCGCUAUCAGGCGGAGUUGGAAGAGCUUAAAUCCGCUCUUCAAGAACAAAUUUCUCAGGCUGAGGAGGAAAGAAACAACUUGAUUGUCCAGCACGAGGCAGAAAUGGAAACAAUCAGGGAAAACCUUAAAGAGAAGCUAGCUGAGGCUUCCUCAAUGGAAGAUGCCUUUAAAUCGGAAAUUAGCGAUAUGACAGCCACCUUAAAGGAGCGAUUGACUCAAACGGAAGAGGAGCGCGAAAAGGCGUCCUCGAAGCUUGAGGAGGUGAAUAAGAAGUUGGAGCAGAUGAUUAGUGACAGAAGUGCGAUGUCAGAUGCAAUUACUGAGUUGGAGAAAACCAGAGCUGAGCAGGACUUGGCAUUCAAUAAAUUAAAAAUGGACAACGUCGAAUUAGAGAACCAGUGCAGUAAGAUCCAGGAGCAGCUGCAAAUGCAAUCGCUUACUCGAGACCAAAACAGUUUGGAAAUACAAGCACACAUUAAACAACUAGACUCGAUUGUGGCCUCUUCGAAAAAAAGUAUUACUGAGCUUCAGGAGAAGUGCGACCAGCAGGUUCUGGACCUGGAUAAAUUAAGGCUGGAGAAGUUGUCCCUGGAAUCAGAGAUUCAAAAGGCUAAGGAAGAGCAUUAUAGUACCCUGGAUAAACUUCAGGAAGUCCAAGCUGAAAUUGUAGCCCUAAGCAGUCGGAAUGAGAUGGAAAAGUGUGAUUUCUCAACUAAGUUUGAGGUAUUCACUUCCAAGAUAACCGAUCUCGAAGAAGCCCUAAAGGCAGCACAACAAAAAAUCGUUCUCUACGACGAUUUGGUAUCGCAGCACGAAAGCCUGAAAAUCUGUCUUGCCGAGGCAAAUGAACUGUCAUCAAACUUGCAAAAGAAAGUGGAGUGUCUGCAAUCGGAAUUGAUUGAUUUACAAAAGGGAAUCUCGAGUCGAGAUGUGGAAAUACAAGAGCUUCGCGCAGAACUGAAGAACGUCAUGGAUGCAAAGACAACGGCGAGUAUGGAUCAAAUGACUCUGGUGACGCAGCUCAAAGAAGUCGAGGAGCAGAUGGCGACGCAGGCACAAAAGUUCAUACGAGAUGCGACUGAUCUGAAAGGAUCCAUAACCGAGCUCCAAUUGAAGCUUAAUUCUCUGCAAGAGACUAAAGAUAACCUAGAGUCUGGAAAUGAAGAGCUCAAAGUAAAGCUUAAAAACUCUCAAAAUCUGCGAGACAUGUGGGAGAAGGAGAAUAAGGUGUGUGUCUCCCUGAAAGAAAAAUUAGUCGAACUGGAAGAAUCUAAGUCCAACCUUGAACAGCAAUUGCAAGCCAGUAAAUCAGAAAUACAUCAAAGAUUCACGGAUCUUACCCAGGAGGUAGAGCUGGGCCGCAAAAGAAUUGGAGAACUCACCGAGGAGUGUGAAAAUUUGCGCUCUCAUCUGAGUGAUAGUAAAGAUAGCAAAGACCGGAUAUUACUCGAUCUGCAAGAAACUAAACAGCAGCUGGAGAAAAGGCUUGAGAGCAAUGUCAAAAACCAGAAGCUUGACGAUCUGACAAGGGAGAGCGAAAAGCUACGAAUCGAUAUGCAAAACCGUAACCUAGAGGAAAAGCUGAGAAUGCUCAACGAUAAUGGGAGUAAGCUUCAGGAACUCAUAAAAGAGUGCGAGCAGCUUCGAUCAACUCUGAAAUCAAAGGAAGCCAGUUUUCGCUCUGAGAAGGAACGCAUGGACUGUACCAUCUCAAGUCUUUUAGAAGACAAACGCGACCUCGAGGAGAAGUUGUGCUCGGUCAACGAUAUUGUGGCUAAGCUUAAGACGGAACUCGGCACAUUACAAGCACAUAAAGCUAGCCCAAACAACGCUUCCUUCGAGACAAUUGCCUCACACGGGUCGCCAGGUGCACCUGCGGCGAGAAAAAGUCUAGAUCGAAACUCUGGACCAAGGAAAUCGAUUACCUCUGAAUCCGAAAUACGGAAGAAUCGACGAAUCAGCGUCCACGAUGAGCGGCGGCAGUCUUACUGGAACGACGUUCGGGAAAUUGGCAUCAUGACAGAUCCCGUUGACAACAACUGCAACUGUGCGGAGCUGAACUGCAAGCUUCAGGAUUGCCAGCGCGAGCUCUUCAUUCGUGAGAGCCAAGUGACGGCGUUGAACAUGGAGCUGAAACAUCAUCCGCUGAAGGACGAGAAUGCGCAACUGAAGAAGAGAGUUCUGGAGGAGCAGGAGAAGGCACGAUUUGAACAGAAAAGGCUUAAGAUGAAGCUUCAAGAUCUUAACGCAAAGAUUAGUGACCUCACCGAUGCUGCGGCAUUGUCCAAAGAACCGGGAUCUAACCAAAUAGCACAGGUUGCGAAGUCUGCUACCGUACCGGCCCAAACUCAGACUGAAUCCGAUCUUGAGGCAAUCCUUGAGAAGACGAACAUAAAGUAUCAGGAAGCGCUUCGGAUGUUGCGCUCCCGAUACAAUCGCAUCAAUGAUUUGGAAGAGAAACUGAAGCAAAACGAAAACAACGACACUUCGAAUAUUACCUCCCUCUCAGCUGGGCAGAACAGUGCAUUGAAGGCACAGUGUGAAUCCCAAAAGAAGGAAAUUUCCACCAUCAAAAAUAAGUAUGAAUCCGCCAAACGAAUUUUGGCGAUGCGAAAGGAGGAGUUGGAUGUCCUGCGGGAAAAAGUCGCAAAAUAUGAAACAGCUAAAUGAGCUAAAUAAGUCACUAGGUAUUAUAUUUAUAUUUUAUAAGUGUACAUAUGUGUAUGGGUUUGGUUUUAAGUUAGUUUUGUGUCACCAAUACAAAGUUUCGAUCAAUUAGAGAUAUGAAAUAAGUACAUCGGUUUUUAUCAAAAAAAGGUCGCCCGCCUGCAUUUAAUGUGUUGUACUUAAACGUCUCUUCUAUGUUAAGUUUUAAAUAUUACCAAAUGAAAUGGAUCCGCAUAUUUUGAGUAAAACACAUGUUGUCUUUAUAACGCGGCUUUAUUGUAAUGUCAAUAAAUAUUUAU